GUAAAACCUAAUUGUAAUUUUCAGGUUUGAUGUUGGAGAACGAGAGGGUGAUCUUCGAGCGAAUGGAUGCAAAAACUCCAAUGUCUAAGUACUGGAUGCCUCUGGUAUGGGCGACGAACAUCAUAAAUCGAGCACGAAAGGAAUCGCUCAUCACCAGUGAUCAGAUCGUGCAGACUUUACUCACAGAACUCUCUGUGAUCAGACAAAAACUGGGCUCCUUGAUAGGUUACGAUACAGUCUGCGUUCCAUUAGUUUACACUCAAGUAGUAACAUUGGCACUAUACACGUACUUCAUAGCAGCUCUCAUGGGAAGACAGUUCAUACCAGAUGCUCCUCAACCUGUUGGGAAAUUCGAGGAUCCAGACAUGUAUUUCCCAUUUUUCACAGCUUUACAGUUCUGUUUUUACGUGGGAUGGCUGAAAGUUGCCGAAGUGCUGAUCAAUCCCUUCGGUGAAGACGACGACGACAUUGAGCUGAAUUGGCUCAUCGACAGGCACAUCAAGGCUAGUUACAUGAUCGUCGAUGAAAUGCACGAGGAGCAUCCGGAAUUGUUGAAGGAUCAGUUCUGGGAUGAUGUCGUCCCCACAGAUCUUCCUUAUACCGUGGCUUCGGAGCACUGCAGAAGGGAAGAACCUAAAGGUUCUGCUGAGAAGUAUAAGGUGAAGACGGCGGACGCUUUGUACGCUAAUCUUCAGGUUCCUUCCAGGAAGAUCAUUAUUGACGAUAUGUACGCAGAUUACGAGAGCGUGGACACGCCGAUCGUUCAAAGGCGGAAGAGUCCAAGUUGGAUCAAUAGGAUUUCGAUAUCGAGGCCACGCGGAUCCGUUAGAUCCGCCUCUACUGCGUACUCUUCAGGUGGUCUCUUCUCGAGGCACAGAGGGAACUCGGUAUACGCGGAAACAGCAGGACAACUGCCUCAUCAGCAGCAGCCGAAAAUGUCCAUUUACGAUAGGCUGGUCAGAAGGUCGGGUCGCAACAAGAAUCAUACGAAAACAGUUAAGAGUCGACCGAGGAUUCCAACGCCUGACGUGACCAAGGAAGUGGUGGACAGGGAGAACCGUUUGGCGCAGAACGCUGUACACAUGCAGAAUCAAAUUUCGCCAAAUGUUACAUUGAUGGCGCAUCAGCUGCAAGGAGCUUGUCCUAAUGAUGUUCCGAUGGUGCAGGUGGUGUUGUCACCUAUACAAGAGCUCGAUGGAAGCGGUUCUGUUAACAACACUUUGCAUGCCGGGCAACCUGGAACAGCUGCUUUAGCUCAAGCCGUUCUUUCGCCAGGUUUAGGUCCUGUGUUGACUAAGCCAAUAACUGUCUCGCAGUUAACUAGUUUAGGUUUAGCUAAAGUCACGAGUAGUCCGCUUCUGACUAAAGCAGUUGCUAUCAAUUCGAGUCCGCUCUUCGCUAGAGCCGUAGCUGACACCUCUCAGCCCUCCACUCUGAUAGAGUACACGCCCGAGGGUUUGGUCAAGGUCACGAAGAGUCCUCUUUUACAAGGUGCGGAUUCGUUACAUGACAGUCCGUCCUCCGGGAAAGCUCUCACGGACGACGGAUACACUUCAGAUGGUUUGACCAAAGUCACCAACAGUCCUCUGUUCACCGGCGUCGAUCAAUCCUGCAUGCUAGCAGAGUAUACUUCAGAUGAUGAGAUGAAGCAGAAUAUCAGCAGCAGGAGCAGCAACGCUUCGAAUCACACGAACGCUUCGAACGACACGAAGGAGGCCACCGAUACCACGGCCUCCCUCACAUCCAACGGAAUCGGAAUCGAAUCCGAGAGGAAGAUAUCCAUGAACACGCCGAGUACAUUAUCCAGUCCGCACUUGGAGUUUCUGAGCUCACCGAGCGACAACGCCAGCAGGAAGACCUCGGUGGCCUCGCAGAGUUCAUCACCGAAACGCGAAGUGUACGUUUGAUGAACGUCCAACUCUAGUUUCAUGCGAUAUAUAGUGAUAUAUGUAAUUGUGUUUUUGUGAUAUUUUAGAUUUUACAUUGUUAUUAAGUUAUAAAUAUCCUCCCCUACUACCCCUUGACUAUAUUCUUCACCACAAAACGAAUUGCGCUGAAAGUUGGCUAUGAAUCGACCAAAACUAUUAUCCACCGACCAACAAACUUGAUAAAACUCAAUGAUGAUCAAGACAAGAUUAUAUAACAAUAAGAUUCCUACUUUCUACUUGAUCAUGAUCAUAACAAUCCUAAAGUAAAUCUUCUGUUGAUAUAUACAAAAUUAGAAAUGCGAUUGUUUGGGUUUGAUUGUAAUGUGAUGCUUUUGCAUUUUAUGUUAAAAUGUGCGGAACGUAUUAUUUUAUUGGGAUAG